AUGACUAAGCAUGAUUACCAACCUCUUGUAGAAAAGAUCCCCAAACAAUUCUCUUAUUGGACAGUUAGGCAUCUGUCUUUCGCGGAGAGACUUGAAAUCAUUCAGUCGGUAAUUUACUCAAAAAUGAACUUAUGGGCUUCUAUCUUUAUCUUGUUGAACCAUUGCAUAGCUACUCUUGAGCAAAUGUGCAACGCCUUCUUAUGGAAAGGGGUUCCAAAUUAUGCAAUAGGUGCUAAAAUAGCUUGGGAAUCGGUUUGUACAUCAAAAAAAUCUGGAGGACUUGGUUUGAGAAGAUUGCUUGAUUGGAACAAAGUAAUAGGUUUAAAGCUGAUUUGGUUGAUCUUCACUUCUUCAGGCUCCUUAUGGGUUUCAUGGGUUCGUCCCAACCUGAUUAAAGAUGGUAACUUAUGGGAUAUGGAAAGUGCAUCGGGUAGUUGGAUUUGGAAACAACUCCUUAAGCUUAGACACUUGGCUCGACCGUUUAUAAUAUGUGAGAUUGGCUCGGGAAUUACAUCAAGCUUUUGGCAGGAUAAUUGGACCUCUUUAGGUCCUCUUAUUGAUAUUACAGGUAGAUCUGGUCCUUCUCGUUCUGGUUUACCCAUUGAUGCAGUGGUCUCUGAUGCAAUUAGAAAUGGUAGAUGGUGGAUUGAUGGAACAAGGAGUAGAAACUCGAUCAUCUCUUUGCUCCGUCAAUGCCUUCCACCUCCUACCCCUAUUGCUCAAUCAGACUUUGAUGACUAUUACAAAUGGAAAAUUAAUCAAGCAAGCAUCCCAAAACUGUUCUCCCUUAGAAACUUCGAAAGCACUUCACCCUAG